AUCAGUCUUUACACGAACUUACACACAACACUACUUAUAUUUCUCACCCAUAACUUAACAUUAUAGUUUUUGGCUUUAGCCUAGUUUAGAAGUUGCAGGCUUUAAAAAAAUAUUGCUUGUGUGUUUUGUUGAUUUUUGUGUAAUUGAGGUUAAAUUCGGGGCCUAAUAAAAGAUUGAAAAAAAUAAUUUUAUAAAUUUGGUAUUCCGUAAAAACAUCUAAACAAAUAUGGAUGACGAUGCGGAAACUUACAAACUUUGGCGAAUUCGAAAACUGUUAUGCAGUUAUGCCACGAUCGCGGUUAUUUAGUGACUCAAGAUGAGUUGGAUCAGACUUUGGAGCAAUUUAAGGAACAAUUUGGAGAUAAACCCAGUGAAAAGCGACCAGCAAGAAGUGACUUGAUAGUGUUGGUGGCCCACAAUGACGACCCAACAGACCAGAUGUUUGUCUUUUUCCCUGAUGAAGCAAAAAUAGGAAUUAAAACUAUAAAAACAUACUGUACUAGGAUGCAGGAAGAAAAUAUUCACAGGGCAAUUGUUGUCGUACAAGCAGGUAUGACUCCAUCCGCAAAACAAUCAUUAGUGGACAUGGCGCCUAAAUACAUAUUAGAACAAUUCUUGGAAUCAGAACUACUUAUCAACAUCACUGAGCAUGAGUUGGUCCCUGAACAUAUUGUGCUGACACCUGAUGAGAAGCAAGAGCUGCUGGCUAGAUAUAAACUAAAGGAGAACAUGUUGAUGAGAAUACAGGCGGGUGAUCCAGUGGCCAGGUAUUUUGGACUUAAGCGAGGACAGGUAGUGAAAAUCAUCCGGUCAUCGGAAACGGCGGGAAGAUAUAUUUCUUAUAGAUUAGUUUGUUAGAUAGAUUUUCAAUAAAAUAUAUUUUGUAAAAAGAA